GCAUUGGAGCGGUAUGGCUCUGCUGAGCGGUGUGUGGUUCGAUAUGAGCAUGUAUGCGUGAACCGACUGAUUUGUACAAUAAAACUCGUGAGUAAGUGACAAACGAAAAUCAGUACCUAGUCGAUCAUUGGUGCGAAUAUUACACAUAAAUUAUAAAACAAAAAUUGAAUUUAAAAAAAAAAAUUCGCCUCCCCAAAAUCAAAACGAAAAAUAUCUUCGCAAAAUCAAAUCUAUCAAAUCACUUUGCCAAGCAGAUCAACAACACUGGAGUCAAAUCCAAUUUCCAUAUCGGUUUUUUUUUGUGUGUAAUUCAUUGGCCAGCAACAAGGAAAUUCCCCUCGCAUCCAAAUCGGAUUACAAAAAAAUAAUAAUAAGCAUUUAUUGUUUACAACAACGAUAACAACAAUAGGAAAUACCGAGUAGGCCACACAUCGACUAAGACACAACACGCACCAAAUCAAUCGCAAACAUUGCACAAACACACACACACAGUUAACCAAUAAUUAGGAAAUAUUAAUCAAAGUAGAUAUAUACGAAACCGAAAGUAAAACCAUAAUAGCAACAACACAAAUAUGGAAGUGACGCCAAAUUAUUCGUAUGUUUUCAAUUUCGAAAAUGAGUUUAUACAUCAAGAUACGCGCAAAUGGAUGAUCAAGAAUUGGACAUGGGUAUUUUACUACUGUGGUGUUUAUAUGCUUAUCAUUUUUGGUGGACAAUUUUGGAUGCAAAAUAGGCCUAGAUUCGAAUUACGUGGUCUUCUGGUGAUAUGGAAUUCAGCGUUGGCCAUAUUUAGUAUUGUUGGCGCUAGCCGAACUGCACCUGAAUUAAUACACGUUCUACGUCACUAUGGGCUAUUCCAUUCAGUUUGUGAUCCAAGCUACAUCGAACAAGAUCGAGUGUGUGGUUUUUGGUCGUGGCUAUUUGUGCUAUCAAAGUUACCUGAACUGGGCGACACACUGUUUAUUGUGCUGCGAAAACAACCGUUGAUCUUUUUACAUUGGUACCAUCACAUCACUGUGCUCAUUUACUCAUGGUUCUCGUACACUGAAUACACAUCGGCCGCCCGUUGGUUCAUUGUUAUGAAUUAUUGCGUACAUUCCGUUAUGUAUUCGUAUUAUGCGCUACGUGCAAUGGGCUAUAAGCCACCACGAUUCAUUCCAAUGGUGAUUACAUCAAUGCAAUUGACACAAAUGAUUGUCGGCUGUACAAUCAAUCUGUGGGCCUAUGAUUAUUUACAAACGAUGAAUCCAUCAUCCUGUAACAUUUCACCGAUCAAUAUCAAAUUGUCCAUUUCCAUGUACUUCAGUUAUUUUGUAUUGUUUGCACGUUUCUUCUAUGUGACAUAUUUAUCACCAAAUGCCCGAAAAGGAAAGCAAGCGUUCAGCGGCAAAGAUCGAUCCGUUCAUCCGGUUGCAUCAUCCGAUGCACAUUUAUCGAAAUUAUCCAGAGCCUCAAUGACAAAUGGUACCACCAACCGAACGGCUGCCACCAUUACCGGAAAACCCGAUAAAUUUAAGGAACAAUAGAAGAACAUACAUACAGACAGACACAUUCUCUUACAAGCGAAUUAAAACUGCGAAUCAUUUACUAGAGAACAAAAAGCCGAUCAAUAAAACGCAUGCAAAAAAUUGGUGAAAAAAUAAAAACUUGAUAAAAAUCAUUAGAUUUAAGAUGUAUUCAACAACAUAAAUAAGAACAUAGAACACUUUUUUGUAUAAAAAACAAAUUAUUGCGAAUUGAAAGUCAUUGAUGCUGUCAAACACAAAUUGUUUAUUUCAUUGAAUGAACACAAGGAAAUUGAUGCCCCAUGCGUCUCUUUUUGUACUGUUGGACAUGUUGAUACAUUUUGCGUAGAACAAAACACAGUUUUUCGUUACGAAAAUUCUCAUUGUGAGAAGAGAAACCGAAUAUUCAGACCGAAUGUCCUUUAUAUAUACGUUAUUUAUUAAGUAUCGCACGCGCCUUGUGUUAUCGCCAAAAAAAAACACUAAACACUUUAAAGAGAAAACAAGAAAAAAAAAACUUUGCGCAUAGAAAGAAACAAGUAUACACUACGCUCUCCCCUGAUGUGUUGGAGAAGAGAAGAAAAACCCCUCACAAAAUGUAUCCCCAUCAAAUUUUGCAAAUAAUAAAAUACGAUUGAUUUUCUUUUUCUCUAUUUCACGUCAACAAUCUUUUUUUUUUUUUUUUGGAAAUUUCUUCUUCAUCUGAUUUUUUUUUCGUUUGUGAAAAAAAAAAUUGUGUCUAUGAAUGCAAGCAAUGAAAUGACGCGAAAACGAAAUGUUCACAUACACACAACAAAUAAACACACAAACACAUUUAUAGUUUACAAUAAGUGAGAGAGGGAAACCAAUAAGUAAUCUACCAAUUUAAAAUAUGUAACAUUAAAUUAUUUUUUAAACUAGAAGAAAGAAAAAUAUUAAAAAAAUAAAGAGAAAAGGGGUAAACAAAAACAAAAACGUUUGAACUAAAUAAAA